GACCUAGAGGUUACUCCAACCCUUGAAGGAGACCUCCAAGCUACUGAUCCCUCCUUAGCAGCUUCUAAGGAGCUUAUUGCUACUUCCCUUCCUCCACCGACCUCUAAAGAAACCCUGAUCCUUCCCCCGAAGUUGACCUCAACCCCUCUUGUUACAGAGGAGGGCUUUCUCACUAGUAACAUUUGUUUGGCUGCUACAAAGAUGUAUAGUAUCUUGCCACAGGUUGUUGUACAUGUCAAUUUACUCCUUGGGCGAGUUCAAAGGUUUAAGAAAGUGGCUGAUGAGCGCAUGGCUGGGCUGGCCAGUGCAAAGAAGAUGCUAGAGGAGUAA